CAGGACAUGAAACUGAUUGGCGACACCUUUAAGUUGGACGCUCUCCAUAAGAUCCGGCAGUUUGUUUCCCAGGGAUUCAAUCAAAUGGUCCGACAGAUCAAAACGGGCAACAGUUUGACGAGUCCUCUCUCGUUACCCACUUUGGGCUCACUUUCGGCUCAAUCUAUGGCUUCGUCUGACGGAUCGGUUGAGAAGUCCUCGUAUUUCAGGAAUGAGUUCAUCGAUUUGGGUCUCAUUGAAAAAGGAGGCUUUGGAAUCGUUAAGAAAGCGAAGUAUCGUUUCGAUGACUGCAUAUAUGCCGUCAAAAUAAUUAAAUUUAACUUAAAAAGUGCCACAGAUUUCAAGAAAAUCAUACGAGAAGUGCAUUUGUAUGCAAACCUCUCGUCGCACCCGAAUGUUGUCGGCUAUAAGAAUGCGUGGAUCGAGAACUGGAGUCCACACGAAGACAAGAAACCACUCGUUAAGCACAUGAAGACGUCUGCGAGUCAUUCAAUGCGCGAACAAACAGAGAGUUCAGACGAAGAAAUUGAUAUCACUUCUAACGUAACCGAAAACGAUAUGUCAAUACGUUUUGAAGAGACGUCCAAAAGUGGGAUAAGGAUUGAGUCGUCCGUCGAAACCGUCGAACGCAAGACAACGACAAGGAUUAGCGGAAAAGUGAUUGAAAGUGAAGAAGAGGUGAGCGAUGAGGACGACGACAAUAGCAAUGAUUGGAUAGUUGGGGAGAAAUGGACCGCAAGUCGACAAACAGUUGUCAAACGUAAGAAAACUCAAUCAAUAAGUUCGCCGACACUCGUGAACGAAGCCUCCUUUGAGUACCGGAACUCUUACGAAGUCCAGAGUUAUAAGAAACGCGUUAUUCCGCAAAAUAAAGUUGAAAAUUUUGAAUCUAAUGCCAAUCCAUUCAUUUCGACUCAAAUCGGAGCCAUUCUUUAUAUUCAGAUGGAAUUGUGUAAACAAAACCUCAAGUCAUGGAUCCGGGAGCGCAACGACACGGUAUUCAAACGAUUUGACACAAAUUCCAAUUAUAUUCUUAAUGAAGAAGAUAUUAAAACAGUAAAGAAUAUAUUUCGCCAAAUAUUGAAAGGCGUUGAGUAUAUCCACUCUCAACACCUCAUCCAUAGAGACCUCAAACCACAGAAUAUACUGUUCAGCUCCGAUGGCUCUAAAGUAAAGAUCGGAGACUUUGGUUUGGCUACUAUUCAUAACAGUAAAGAUAUUUCUGUCGAUUGCAUCGCAAACACUGCCCAAAGCACUGCCGGCGACACUCAUGAGCACACGGGAGGUAUCGGCACCUCUAUAUACGCGGCGCCCGAACAGAAAGUGAUACAUCCGGACAAGAGUUAUGACCAAAAGAGUGAUUUGUAUAGUUUAGGAAUCAUUUUGUUUGAACUCUUUUAUCCGCUGUCGACGGAUAUGGAGAAAGUAAAGUGUGUCUCAAAUAUGACCAAAAAACGACAAUUGCCGCCAACUCUCACCACAUGUCAUCCCAAUGUCCACAAAGUAAUCCUCGAUCUCACGCAUCCCAACCCCGCCCUCAGACCAAAUGCCACACAAGCAGAGGUUGGCUCGGAUGCGAUCGUCACUAAUGAUGGACUAAUGACUGACACCAGAGGUUACGAAUUCUUGCUGACGGAUCGGCUCAAAAUGGGAUCCAUUCAUCGAUGGCUAAUCUUCAGCUGUUGUAAAGAGAGUCUUCUCUCCAAUGUUCGUCUCUUUACGGUCUUCGGCUGUUCCGGCGGUGAAGCCAUUGCUGUGACCAAAGAUGACGAGAUGUACGCUUUGGGAUCCAAUUGCAGUCUAUGUCUGGGUUUAGGCGAUACUGUCGGCACUUUUGAGCCCCGAAGAGUCGAUUUGAUGUCCAAAAAGAGUGUCAUUAAAAUAGCGGCCGGA